CAAAUUUAUGAAGAAAAGAGGAGAAAAAUGAGACUGAGAGAUGUGAUGAAGUGAUAUGAGCCACCGUUUAAGACUCUAAACGCAUGCGUCUUAAUUAAGCCAAAAAUCACUCUUACCAUUUACACCUCUUUCCUCAAAAACCCUAGAUCUCUCUCUCUCUUUCUCUUUCUCUUUCUUUCGUCUUGCCUUUUAGGAAGCUUCCCUUAAUUUAUACAUCACUUUAACUAGAUUACUCAGCUUCACCGUGACGACGAGAUUCUCGUUUUGCCAGAUCUGCACUGUUUCACUCUUUGCUUGCCUCAUAAAACCAUCACAUUUAUCAUUUAUGAUCUGUUUCAAGGAAGCUUUGAGUUGUGUUUGAUAGCUAGCGACUAGACAAGGGGAAUAAAAAAAGAAACUUGCUUUUUUCUCCAGAUACCUUCGUCUUCGUCCUUUAUUGUUGCCGCAAAAUGGCAAUGCCACCGGGAAACGUUCCUCCUUCCGACAAAUUGCAGUUUCCGUCCGCCGCCGCCGUCGCCGGAAACUGGAUCCCCGACGGGAGAGACGGGUUUAUCUCGUGGAUUCGUGGGGAGUUCGCUGCAGCUAACGCGAUCAUCAACUCGCUGUGUCAGCAUCUAGUAGCAAUCGGGGAUCAAAACGAAUACGAAUCAGUGAUCUCAAGCAUCCAGCACCGUCAAUUAGGCUGGUCUCAGGCUCUGUAUAUGCAGCAGUUUUUCUCGAUCGCAGAUGUUUCCUACGCUCUACAGCAAGUCGCUUGGAAGCGGCAACAGAAAUUGCCUCAUCAGCAUCCUCAAAGGCAUUACAAUCCCGAUCAGGUUGGGAAAUUCGGGGGAAGGAGAUCAGGUCCUGGGUUUAGCAAGCAUCAUCACGGUGGUGGUUACAGAGGAGCUGAGCCAGUGGCGAGAAACGGGCAUCACUCGGUUUCGAAUUCGGAUUGCCAUAGCGUUAGCAUUGAUCGGGAGGAACCUAAGCUAGCAAGUGAUGAUAAGGCGACGGAGGAGAAGAUAGAUGGUAACGAGAAACCGAAGAUUGAUAGUAGAGAUUUGGAAGAAUCUGAGCCUGCUGGUGCUGAAUCUCAAGCGGAAAUAGUGAAACACGAUUGUAACUCGGCUUCUAAAGAUGACAGUCUUCUCAGUUCUGAGCAAAAGCAGGACGAGAAAGAUAAAGAGUGUCCUGCAAGCAUGGCAAAGACAUUUGUUGUUCAAGAGAUGUAUGAAGCGAAAAUGGUUAAUGUUGUAGAAGGAUUGAAGCUAUAUGACAAAAUGCUUGACGCAAAGGAAGUUUCUCAGCUAGGCUCUCUUCUAAAAAGUCUGAGAAUUGCUGGACAAAGAGGUCAACUUCAAAGUGAGGCAUAUGUGGGGUACAAACGGCCAAAUAGAGGACAUGGGCGCGUGAUGAUCCAACUCGGUCUCCCCAUAGCUGAUGCACCGCCUGAUGAUGAGAAUCGAGGAAUAGAGCCAAUCCCAUCAUCUCUCUCAGACAUAAUUGAACGUUUGGUGUCAAAGCAAAUCAUACCUGUGAAACCAGACGCCUGCAUCAUUGAUUUCUUCGACGAGGGAGAUCACUCGCAGCCUCAUAUGUUUCUUCCCUGGUUUGGACGACCCGUCGGGAUCUUGUCCUUGUCGGAAUGCGAUUUCACAUUCGGAAGAGUCAUUGUCUCUGAUCAUCCCGGCGACUACAAGGGCUCUCUCAAGCUGUCUAUCACUCCAGGAUCGGUUCUCGUGGUGGAAGGCAAAUCAGCAGAUCUUGCUAAGUUUGCAAUUCAUGCAGUCCGAAAGCAGCGAAUUCUCAUCACCUUCACCAAAUCUCAGCCGAGAAACUCCGUAACCGGAUCUAACCGGGGACCACCGCCUAGCAGAUCCGUCAUCCGUCCCUCAACCGGCCCACCUAAACAUUACCCUGUUACCCCUAUCACAGGCGUCUUGCCCACACCGUCUCACCGCCCACCAAACGGAGCUGUUCAACCGAUUUUCAUCGCCCCUUCUCCUCAGAUGCCGUUCCCAGGUGGUGUCCCACCGGUGCCUACAGGCUGGCCACUGCCACUUCAUCCACGACACCAGCCGCUUACACAACCCCGAAUGCCCAUCCCUGGAACCGGUGUGUUCCUCCCACCCGGUUCAACCAAAGAAUUGGGUUUACAAGGCUCCCCAGAGAAGUCCAACAACGGCAACGGAGAAGGAAAGUUAGACUUGAAGACGAAAGAAGCAGCUCGUAACGGAAUUGCUACGGAGGAAUGCGAUGGCAAUAACGGUGACGCUAAACAGAGGAAUUAGCUGAUAAUGAGAAGAUUUAGAGCAAAGAGAGGAAAGAGCGGCGAAUAUGGAGCCUGCAGUUUUUAAACUGUAAAAAGAGCGGCGAAUUCUAUGAAACCUUUGUGUUUUUGCGACUUCAGAAAUUGUUUUUAGGCGAGACCAAACAAAAAGAAAAGAGACGAGCAAAAUUCACCCGUUUUGGCGUUUUCUACUCUCUAAAAUCUUGCUUCUUUUGCCCUUUCCCUUAAAAAUUAUGUUUCUCCCUCGCUUACACUAUCUACAUAUACACACUACAGCAGUACAAUUUAACCAUUUCUAUAUUUACAAUUUAUAAAGAUAUACUUAGUCUUUCUUAUCAGCAAAC